AUGCCGCCGUGGUUCCAGAAUAUACCGCGCGAUGCGCAAAGCGUAGCCGCUCUGGAGUUUAUCGGCUUCACCCCGCAAGCCGCCCAAGAAAUCUUCGCCAAGUGGUCCGCCCGCCCCGAUCCCGACACCAACCCCGACGAGUUACUCGACUACGCGUACAGUCACGUCCGGUCCUACGAUCCUUCGGAAACUUCGCCCGGUCGCGAGACAAUGACGAGGAUGGGUAUCAGCACGAAGAUGCAAGACGCCCUAACCGACCCCGAAUUUGCAGGCAUUGCCGCAACCGAGAUGCAACAAUUCUGGAUCCGCGAUACUCUGAAGAUCAACUACCUCACUCUCCUUCAGCUGCAACGUCGUCUCAAGGAGAUUGAAAGCUCCGGCCAGUCAGAGGAAAAGGGAAAUACUGCCGCUUGA